AUCACAGCCCUAUUAUGUUAUUAUUACAGCCAUAUUGUAAUGUUGUUAUUAUUACAGCCCUAUUAUAUUAUAUUAUUAUUACAGCCAUGUUAUAUUAUAAUGUUACAGUUAUUAUCACAGCCCUAUUAUACUGUUAUUAUUACAGCCAUAUUAUAAUGUUAUUAUCACAGCUCUAUUAUAUUAUUAUCACAGCCAUAUUAUACUGUUACAGUUAUUAUCACAGCCCUGUGUGAGUCCCUAUUGGAUGAUACUUAUAGUUUAUAAGGCCGGGGGCUCUCGAAGCCCUUGUCUCCUUUCUUUCUGUUCAUGGUGCCGGCUCUUUGUUCCGCUCUUUCCCCCCGGGUUUGUUAUUGGGAUCGUUCACAGCCUGGCCCCAACCACCAGCCCCUCGGGGGGCCCCCGCUGCCCGGGCAGUGUGGCCCCGUUGCUAUGGUGACGCACAGCGGUAACAGCGGAACCAGCCCAAUCCAAAGUUUCCAGGAACAUCCACUCCGGCACUUCCGCUUUCCACCAGGGCACUCUCGCGAGAUCACAUGGCUGCGAGACGGAGAUCCCGUGCGUCCCCAGAGCGUGACGAGGGGGGGCGGGGCCGCCAUCUUUACUGUGGGCACACGGCGAAUCGAAGCGUAGCUUUUUUUUUUUUUUUUGACACAGACACCGUGAUACUUUAUACCGGCAAAAAAUAAAAAACGGGAAAAAAAGAAAAUGUAAUUCCUUUAACGUUAGACUGCGCUCUACAUUUCCCGUCAUGCUUUGCGGCCCUGAAGCACUCGGGCUGUCCUGACAGAUCGUGAGCGGCUUACUCGCUGAGGGGGCGUGGUCUCCUGUGUGGCGGGAAUCUGUGCAGGCUGUCUGCGGUAACCAUGGUAACAGCCGGCGGUUCUCCCCCGUGUCCCGGUGUUUAGGAGCUGCCGCAGGUCUACAGCUUUCACCGGCUGGGAGUAAGUAACCGCCAUUGUCACCUUCCCACGGAGCAUCACUCCCAACACUCUCAGCCAGGGGGUAAAUAAACUGCAAGCUGGGGUUUAAUCCGGCCCACAAUGCUCAGCCAGCCAUAGCAAUCUCUGUAAAACUCAGGCAAAACCAGCUGGAUAGGAACAAAUUCAACAAACUGAGUGUUUUGGCCUAAAAUUGUGAAAUGUCUGGUUUACUCACACAGUGUAAAGUAGUUUUUAAUAAAAAUGUAUUAAACUCUUUGUUUAAUUAUUAUGAUUGGCAUUUAUAAAGCGCCAACAGAUUCCGCAGCGCUGUACAAUUAUUCUAUGUUGACUAUAGUUUGCACACGUCCACUAACGUGCCUCUAUUGUGUCUGUCACAGCAGCGUUUCAAUAUCGGGUCUCACACCAAGGCGAAGAAUCCGGGAUCCAAUGGAUCGGACACGGGAAGAAGUGGCGGCCACUUUGCAGAUCGCCAAGCUGAACGCAGAGGACUUCCGCAGCACAGUGCAUUGCCUUACGUUCAAUCGUGCUUUUAAUUCUGGGGACUACAGUCUGAUGGAGCUGGACGAUGCCCUCUGCAAGGAGAUUGAGGCUGGUGGCAGGUAUGCACAAUAUAUAUCGAUGCAUCUGCAGCCUCACUGCUCACCCUUAGACCUAGGUGGUAGGAUUAUUCACAGUACAUUUCCACUCAUUAAAUCUACCUGGGAAAAACCGAGGCAAAAAUGGCUGAUCUGCAAAAAAAUCUCCAACUCUGCUAACGUCACAACUGGCAAUUAACUCUCUCAUUUUUGCCAUUCAGGUUCAGUUUACAAAAAAUUUUUUUUUUCCACUCUUUUAUCCCAUAGUGUGUGGUAGCAUAAUUUAACAAGCAUGUGGUGUGUGUUGCCUGAAUAUAAUUUGCAUGUGUGUGCCUGUGGUGUUUUAAAGGACCACUCUAGGCACCCAGACCACUUUAGCUUAAUGAACUGGUCUGGGUGCCAGGUCCAUCUAGGAUUAACCCAUUCUUUUAUAAACAUAGCAGUUUCAGAGAAACUACUAUGUUUAUGAAUGGGUUAAGCCUUCCCCCCAAAGCCUCUAGCAGCUGUCUCAUUGACAGCCGCUAGAGGCGCUUGCGUGAUUCUCACUGUGAUUUUCACAGUGAGAGCACGCCAGCGUCCAUAGGAAAGCAUUGUGAAUGCUUUUCUAUGCGACUGGCUGAAUGCGCGCGCAUCCAGCCGACUGGGAGGAACGGAGGAGGCGGAGAGCUCCCCGCCCAGCGCUGGAAAAAGGUAAGUUUUUACCCCCUUCCAGAGCCGGGCGGGAGGGGGACCCUGAGGGGGGAGUAUGUUUUCCUGGCACUAUAGUGGUCCUUUAAGGUUGGAUGUAAUGCAUGUGCUAUCGGCUGGCUGUAUGUAUUGUUUGGGAUGUGCUGGCUGUAUGUUUCAAGCAUCUGGCAAUACAAAUUUCACAUCCCUGGAUUAUACAGUUAUAUAAAAAGUCUUUACAGCCACUGAUUGUAGAGCACAUGUAUGAGAUUUGCAGCAGAAACAAUACAAUCUGCGGAUACAGAGGGAUUGAGGACUUAAGCGGGUAAUUUAUUUUUAAACUAACUAAAUAGAUACUAACAAAUGUCAUGUUUAGGUGCCUGUAGUGUCCCACUUAAAGGGACACUCCAGACCCCUAAAUAACUUUAGCUUGCUGAAGUAGUUGUGUGAAGAUUGUGUCUUCUUAUGUAAUUUUAUAAAGAGUUCAGUAGAAAUUGGCACUUGUAUAAAAUAUCCUUGUUACACCCCCUCAGUAGUCAGACAACCGUUUAUUUCCUUGUUGCUUAGCUCAUUGGAACUAAACUCAUUAGCCAGAAAUUGUCCUUGCAAAGACUUCCUGUUGAGUUUUAUUGGGAAGUCUGUGAUUGUUUAAAUGGGAAGGGUUUGCAAAGGCAUCAGACAAGAGACCUACAGAUUUUGCAAGCUGUUUUUAGAUAUGUACCCAAUUACAUAAUACAUAUGAGUUCAUUGGAGGUAUAUCUACUAAACAGUGAUUUAAAAAAUAAAAAUUAUUUGGGCAGUGGAAUGUCCCAUUAUGAUUCUAUAGAAUAGACCAUUAUUGGGUUUUCUGUAAGAAGACCCUACUUACAGCUCCAUAGAAAAAAAGUAUGUGCUGCAUAAUUCCACUUGUGUUUUUAAUAAUAAAGUUCACUUUUUGAUAUUUUUGUAGUCUUGUCAUUCGAGGGGAGAAAAGUGAUCAUGCUGUUCUUUGUAGUGAAAGCAAAACCUACGAUCUUAAAAUCGCAGAUACCUCCAACUUGCUUCUCUUUAUUCCUGGAUGUAAAACCCCCGACCAGCUGCUUGCCGAUCAACAGGAAGUAAAUGUUGUUCGAUGUGAGGUAAAGUAAAUGUGCAGAGAACAUGGAUUUUCAAUGAUUUAUAUUUGAAUUUAAUGGUUGCAUACUGACACAGCAUGGAAAGUUCCUGAAUUUGAUAUUAUGGGUGUCUCUUCUAAUGGGCUUGAGUUUAUUGAUUGUCCACUGUGACCCAACACAUGAUUAUUGUUUCAAAUUGUAUAAGCUGCGCUCAGUGGGCUGCGUUUAUAUGCAUUUACAUGUCCAGGCAUGCUAUUCAAAUGGUUGGAGCUAACUUUUAUUGUUUUAUUUUGCACAUUCAUUUGAGAGUAGUGUUUAAAAUUAGUUUAUAUGGAUACUUUCCCGCUUGUUAUCUGUAAAUAGCAUUGGUUCCAUUCUUCGUUUUUUGGAAGAAAAUUACAAUGAAUAUUUCUCAUACUCGUCAUUUUCGUCUUUUGUUGUUCUCAGGAAUAUGCCACAUAAAUAUAUAUCACACUUGCAAUUAUACUUAAUAUUAAUCUUCGCUAAGAAAUAUACUUUUUAGGUAAUUUAGAAUGCAUACACGCUUACCCAGCUACACGUUUCAGAUUGCUGGUUUCUCUAACCAUUACUGGGAACUCAGAAGAUGCCGACCAAAGCUGAAGAAAUUGAAGAAACUUCUGAUGGAAAAUACUUAUGACGGACCAGAAAAUCAGGGUAAUAGAGACAACGACACUUCAUUGGUGAGAAAUUAACAAAGGGUUGCUUAGGUUGUUGAUAUUUGAUUUUUGUUACAUUGACAGCCUUUGAUGUUUGCAUAUGGUGUGCAUUUGUCUAGGUAAGUUAACGUACCUAGACAAAUGCACACUGUAUGAUCAAUACAUUGAAAAAAUGACAUUUAAAUUGGUAGAGAGAUAUUACAGGAAUACUCUGUAAAUAAUUUAAAUAACAAUGAUUAAAUGUAGUUAAUUAUAAAGUUAAUGUACUUUUUAUUUUUUUUUAGCUUGACAUUGUUAGGUCUCCCUGUGAAAGCUGAAUAAUUCUGUUAAACUAACCAGGCAGUACUAUCCUAGUCUCAGCACUGCAUCCUCUUUAGGCAGUAAGAUCAUCAUAAUGCGCAAUUUCUGGUUAGUCCUAUGAGAAUUCAACAUGAAUUUCAAAUUUAAAGGACCACUAUAGCCACCCAGACCACUUCGGCUCAAUGAAGUGGUCUGGGUGUCAGGUUCAUCUAGGGUUAACUCUGCCUGCUGUAGAGUUUCAUAGAAACUGCUAUGUUUAUAUUAGGGUUAAUCCAGCCUCUAGUGGCUGUCUCAUUGACAGCCGCUUGAGGCACUUCUCACUGUGAUUUUCACUGACUGAAUGCCGCGCAUGUGCAUUUGGUGAAAGAGGGAGGAGAGUCCCCAGCGCCGAGGGAGCCCGACGCUGGAGAAGGGUAAGCCUUUAACCCCUUCCUCCCCCUAGAGCAGGGUGGGGAGGGGACCUAUUAACACUAUAGUGCCAGGAAAACGAGUUUGUUUUCCUGGCACUAUAGUGGUCCUUUAAGCUCCAAAAUAGCUGAACUGAGAACACAACUAAUUUUGGAGAAUUUUUUUUUUUCUUUUCUAAUUCUGUUAUGUUAGCCUUACUUUUGAAAUUUACUUUGAAUUCCCAGCCAUUUUCACUUUAGUGAAUAACCUUGAUAGAGACGAUUUGGGGUUCUACUGGGCAUUAACGGGUAUUGCUGUGCUCAAUCAAUUGGAUGCUUCUCUUAAAGAAGCAUUAAAUCCAGUGCUUCUAUAUGAGAAGCAUUCAACGACUUCAUGCUGUGCAAGAGGAUGCAGAUUGUAAAGACAUUCAAUUAUUUAAAAGUCUUUUCUAGCAAAGCACACUGCAGAAUAUUAUAUAUUUUAGGCUUAUGUGUCAUUGGUUGUCUGGUUGAAUAUAGGACAGAUGGUGUGAAUAUGUCUUUCUUUGUAUAAUUGUGUAUGUAUGUUCGUUCAAAUUUGAUUGGUUUAAAGCGGCACUGUCAUGCCGAACUUACCUUUCCUCAAUCUUUCUCUUCUCCCCCUCUCUCAGCAUCUGUUCUUCUUUAGUUUUCUUUAAAAUCAUAAGACAAAGUAGGGACUCUUUGCCUUAUGGAGGAUUCCUCCGCUUGACCAGCUCUGACCAGCGGAGGAGCAAAGUGUGCUUCAUUUCUGCUGGUCAGAGCAAUUUUCCCAUAAUUUUUACCUUUCCUCUGUGUUCCCGCGAUGCUUCCGUCAUUUUAGAUGAAACUGCCGAAUUGCGUUCUAACUGAAUGCAAUUCGGCACUUUAUUCGUAUUGGAAUUUCAUUCGAAUGAAUGAAACUCCGAUCCUAUUCUUGCUGUGGCUGCACCUUGCAGCCGUUUAGUAGAUAACUACCUAAUUCCCACGGUAUCAGGGAGUUAUCUACUAAAAGGCUUAAAGACCUAAAUUGGUCUUUCAGCCACAUUUACUAAUACUAAGCAAGAUUACUUAGUAUUAGUAAAUGAUCUGCCCCUACUCGCUAUACCGCGAGUAGGGGCAUGUCUGGUAAACAGUGAGCAGCAUGUGGCUGCUCACUGUAAAAAAUAAAUAAAUAAAAUAAAAAUAAAUAUAAAAAAAAAAAAACUAUUGGCCCCCACCCCUAAACGACGGGUGGGGGCCCUAAAGUAAAAUAAGACCCACCAAUCAGAGUGUUCUUAGCCUAAUUGCAGGGCGGGGCAAGGCUUUAUAAGCCUUCCCUCGCCCUGCAGAGCUCAGUCUGCGCAGAGCCCUCCAUGGAUGAAGAUGGAUUAUUUUUUUGCGCUCAGGUUUUUUCUUUCGUCUGUUUUUGCGCUCAGGAUUUUUAUUUUAUUUUCAAUUCGACGGUUAUGAUGGUUUUUUUAUUUGGCCUUUUUUGGGGCUGAAAAAUUGAAAAAUGAAGAUUUGAGAAAAAAGACGUCAAAUGGCAAGUUUAAUUUUAUUUUACAGGUUAGUUAUUUUAUUCCCCCCUCACUAUUUUUUAGGGUGAGGGGGGUAGAUAGGGACUUUUUUUUUUUGGGUGGGGGGGUGGGUGACUAGGGGUUAGGGGGGGAGGAAUUGACUUAGGGCCGCCGCCCAGGGGUGGGGGCCGGGGGGGAGGACAGUAGUCGAAUCUUCAUUUUUCAGCCCUAAUAAAGGCCAAAUAAAAAAACCAUCAUAACCGUCGAACUUAAAAUAAAAUAAAAAUCCUGAGCGCAAAAAAUAAAACCAGACGAAAAAGAAAAAACCUGAGCGCAAAAAAAAAUCCAUCUUCACCCAAGGAGGGCUCCGCGCAGACUGAGCUCCGCAGGGUGGGGGAAGGCUUAUAAAGCCUUGCCCCGCCCUGCAAUUAGGCUAAGAACACUCUGAUUGGUGGGUCUCCCCCCUUAUUUUACUUUAGGGCCCCCACCCGUCGUUUAGGGGUGGGGACCAAUAGUUUUUUGUUUUUUUUACAGUGAGCAGCCACAGGCUGCUCACUGUUUACUAAACAUACCCUUACUCGCGGUAUAGCGAGUAGGGGCAUUGGGGAGAUUUUAACUCCUCAUAGAGUGAGGAAGGGGGCCUGGGGGGGCUUAUGAAGUGGUGGGGAGCACUGCUCCCUGCCACUUCUAUCUUUACAUAUUACAAGGAGGGAGCUGCAUGCCGGUAGCUCCCUCCUUGUAAUAAACUGAACGAACACUGAUAUUCGGUGUUUGUUUGUUCGGCUGAUAUUUCUAUUCACUCAUUCGUCUGUCUGAUGAAUAAAUAGAUGAAAUUCCCGUUCGCAUGUCCAGGUGUAUCACUGGGCAUGUGCGGGAAUCUCUCAGUGCUAUCUAGUGUGGGCAGAUGACGUGUCCCACAGGGAUUUCAUCUACCCACACAAAGAUGGCAGCGCCCUGAAUAAAGAUCGGGGCAGAAAAUGUGGAAUAAAAACUAGGUGAUAUGGGGGGCUUAGGGGCAUUUGGGGGUGACUAGGGUGUCAGUUAGAUGUAGUGGAGGCCGGAAGGGGGUUAAAAAAAAACAACAGGAUUCGACAUGACCGUGCCGCUUUAAGCACACCAGACCGCUUUAUCACACGCAUUCUUUAUAUUAACUUGAGUUAGGGUGUAGUUGUGUUCCAUUUUCCACAUCGGCUCUCUAGAGAAAGAUCUCUCCUGAACUUUUUCCUUUGAAACGUCAAGCUAUGUUUAAAUAUGUAUUUGUAUUUAUUUUACAGUAAUAAAUGUACUUAAAAUAAGAAGUCAGAUGUGUGGUUUAUAAUUUUGGGGAAUAUCCAGUAGUGUUUGAAUAUAUAUCAGAUCGGUUUUAUUUAUAUAUAUAUAUAUAUAUAUAUAUAUAUAUAUAUAUAUAUAUAUAUAUAUAUAUAUAUAUAUAUAUAUUAAUUAUUUUUUCUCUAAAAUGGCAAUGCUUACGUUUGUUAGGACUGGGGUAGCAUCUAGGCUUCAGGACCACUGCAGUUAACUGUAGUGGUUUUGGUGCUUAGUGUCUCUUUUGAACAAUAAAACACAUUCCUCAUAGUUUUUAUCACCAUCUAAUUUGUAGAUUAAGAUAUUGACCUGUAGAUACCACCACAUACCCCUUUUUCUAUUGUACAAGAAUGUAACCUUUUGGAGCUGAAUUAUCCAAACUGGGAAAAAAUCUCCAAUUCGUGCAGUUUUCCAGCUCUAUUUUAUUCUAAAAUGUGCAUUGUCCUUGCCAUUUGUUGUCUAGUCCAUUUUUUAUGAUUCCCAUUUUAGUGAAUAAAACCCAUAACAAUUAUAUGUAAUUUUUUUUCUCUUUUAAUGUUUAUAUUAGUAUACCACAGAGGAUCUAUUGAAUCAAAUUCAAGCCAGCAAUGAAGAGUUGUCAGAGCACUUGAAAGUUAUACAUGCCUGUAAUAUUAAAGGUAUGUUUGUUGCUGCCUUAUUUUAUAACUAUCCUUGAAUAUUGCAUUAACACCUUUUUAUUAAGCUUCUGUUUUGGUCUAAUGUAAGAGUAUUCUCUAAAGAGCUUUGAAAAGUACUAUAUAAAAAUAAUAUUCAUAUUCUUAUGCUGUCUGCUUUUUGUGGCUGCAUACUGUUGAAGACCCCUAGGACUUAAAGGACCACUAUAGGCACCCAGACCACUUCAGCUUAAUGAAGUGGUCUGAGUGCCAGGUCCAGCUAGGUUUAACCCUUUCUUCUAUAAACAUAGCAGUUUCAGAGAAACUUCUAUGUUUAUAUUAGGGUUAAUCCAGCCUCUAGUGCAGUGGUAGUCAACCUUUUUCUGUCUACCGCCCACUAAUGCAUCUUUCUUGAUGGAAACAUUUUCUUACCGCCCACCAGUUUUCACGUGCAGAAUAUUUUUUAGAAAGGAGGGUGUUUUUAAAAAAAAAUAAGUUUUACCCCUUCCCGAGGGUGGGGGCACCCUCCAGGCACUAUAGUGCCAGGAAAACAAGUAUGUUUUCCUGGCACUAUAGUGGUCCUUUAAUGAGAGAAACUAAUCAAAGUAGUUUUUUUUUUUUUUUUGACUUGCCAAAUAAAACCAAGCCUGUAAUGAUUUGUCUGUACCAGAGUCUCUGUUUUAUAACAACAAAGUUACUAUCUUAAGUCAGGUGAAAAGGGUUUUUUUUUGUUUUGUUUUGUUUUUUUUUUGCAUGACAUUUGAGCCGCGAUGCAGGCCCAUAAAAUGAGUAUAUUGUCCUCAAAUGGUAAUUCGAGUUUACACAUGAUGGGAUUUGUUUACACUUAUACUGUUUAAAAAAAAAAAAAAAACUAGCUUCCAUAUAUUUUAUGCAUCAAAAUUGUAAGGAGGGGGUAACCACAUAAAUGGUUUCAAAUCUCAACAGAACUUUGUGAAUUAUGACUGUUAUACAUACUGUGUGUCUAUGGAUUAUGCUAUCUAAAUGGAUCUGCCAGUUAUAGUUAAAUAAAAAGGCACAAAUCUAUUAAUUCAAAGUUGAAACCAAGCUUUAACGUUUUUUUACAUAUAGCCUGUGUAGCUAUAACUGGCCUCUUCUCUUAUCUGCUCUGAAAGCACAAUCAUGGGAACUAUGGGAGAUAACGCAUGGACACUCAAACCACUAUAAACACAUAACCACUAUAGUAAACAGUACAAUAAGCAGGGAUCAUGAUGCAAGGAGUCUUUGGAUGUAGUCCUUUGUGUUUUUGUCCAAACAAUUGUGAUUGGUUUAACUUUCUCAUUAUCCAUACAAAUCUGUGCCUUUACACUGUGCUCUCAGCUUGUCAUUAACAUCCCAAUUUGUGUUGAUAAUGCAGAAUUUUGACAUUUAGUCUUCAGAGAAAUUCUAGGUGCUUGCACAUUCCCCAUUCUGUCUUAUUCAACAUUUUCGUAGUAAUCCUGUGUGAUAAAUACUGCCUCUUUAAAAAAAUUGUAAGGAAUAACCUAUUUAUUUUGUAUUAAUCUGCAUUACAGGUUUUUGGAGAAUCCUUGAUUUUGAUUAUGAAAUGAAGAUUCUUAACCAUGUGACUCAGCUAGUUGAUUCUGAGUCGUGGUCGUUCAGUAAAGUUCCUUUAAAUGAAUGUCUUCAAGAGCUGAGACCCCUGGAGCCAGAGUCAGUAUAUUAUUUUUUUUUUUUGUCUUUUUUUUUUUUUUUUUAGUGCACCAUUUUCCUUUGUUAGAAUAAAAAGUACCAAAAAAAAAGCAAUUAAACGCAAUGCUGUAGUCACCGCUCCCUCUGAUGAAGUCAUUUAUUCAAAUGCCUUCUGUCCAGUUCAGUGCUACUGAUAGCAUUCGGGUGCAUGUGCGUAAACUGUCACUCUUCAUUGAGCCAAUGUUGUUUCUUUAUUGUCCUCACGUAAAGACCUAUAUAACAUUGUGAAGCACGUAUUUGCUUUGUUUUCAUUAUUUGGGUAUUCUGUAUGUGGAAAACCUAUAGAGACAUAUUCUCAUUCGUCUACAAUCUUUGUUUUAUGUUUUUCAUAAAAAAAUUAAGUCAUGGGGAAAGUAUAUUUUAUGUUGUUGUUUUUGCACAGUUCUCUAUGAUAAGUUAACUAGCUUAGUAUGAGCUAAAAUGUAAUUUUAUAUAGCUUAAUUUAGUAAAUCUCCAAAUAUUAAAGAAAAGCUCUUAGUGGGAACUUAUAGACAAUAGAUGAUUAUUAUUUAUAUAGUACCAACAAAUUCCGCAACACUGUACAAUGAUGACAAUGUUCCAUGUAAUAAUAUUUUUCCUUCCUUGUAUGGUGAAAGCCCACAAGCCAUGACAUAUGGGAUAAAGUUCUUCCCUACACCCUGUUCCAAAUUAUUAUGCAAAUUAUAUUUUUCUCAUUUACCUAAAUAAUGUAAAUAAGUCAGCAUAAUUCUCAUGUUAUCAACUACAGUAUUAAGAAUACAAUUCAAAUUUUAUUGAUAACAGUUUUGGGGUUUUUUUAACAUAAAAAACUUACAAUGCACUGUUCCAAAUUAUUAUGUAAGUUUCAAAAUACUUUGUAGGUUGUAAAGAACUGAAAAUUGUCAUUUGUUGUGUUUGCAGCAUAUUUACUGAAAUCAAAAGCUAUUUCAAUCAAACUUAUAACAACACUUUAACUUUUUAAACAUUUUAACGUAGGACCCGUUAUUUGAUAGCAGAUUCACAAGUCUUGCAUUCAUUGAACUUUUUGAGUUUUUGGAAUGUUUCUGCAUGAAUUUGUUUGCAAGAUGUCAGAAUAGCCUACCAGAGCUGCUGUUUGGAUGUAAACUGCCUCCCACCAUCAUAGAUCUUUUGCUUGAGGAUGCUCCAAAGGUUCUCAAUAGGAUUGAGGUCAGGGGAGGAUGGAGGCCACACCAUUACUUUCUCUCAUUUUAUCCCCAUAGCAGCCAUUAAUGCAGAGGUAUUCUUUGCAGCAUGAGAUGGUGCAUUGUCAUGCAUGAAGAUGAUUUUAUUACGGAAAGCCUAGUUCUUCCUUCUGUACCAGGGAAGAAAGUGGUCAGUCAGAAACUCCACAUACUUUGCAGAGGUCAUCUUUACACCUUCGGGGAACCUAAAGGGGCCGACCAGCUCUCCUCCCAUGAUUCCUGCCCAAAACAUGACUCCACCACCACCUUGCUGACGUCGCAGCCUUGUUGGAACAGGGUGGCCAUCCACUAGUCCAUCCAACUGGACCAUCCAGGGUUGCACGGCACUCAUCAGUGAACAAUAGUGUUUGAAAAUUAGUCUUCAUGUAAUUUUCUGUGCAAUGCAGCCGUUUCUGCUUGUGAGCAUUGGUUAGUGGUGGCCGACUAGAAGGUUUAUGCACAGUUGGAGGACUCUACACCUUGAUGUCCACGGGACUCCAGAGGCACCAGCAGCUACAAAUAUCUGUUUGCUGCUAUGUAAUGGGAUUUUAGCAGCUGCUCUCUUGAUCUGAUGCAUGGAUCUGGCAGAAAUCUUCCUCAAUGUGCCUUUAUCUGCACAAACCCGUGCUCUGAAUCAGCCACAAAUCUCUUAAUAGUCCGAUGAUCACGCUUAUGUUUUCGUGAAAUAUCUAAUGUUUUCAUACCUCGUCCAAGGCAUUGAACUAUUUCACUCUUUUCGGCAGCAGAGAGAUCCUUUUUCUUCCACAUAUUGCAUGAAAAUGGUGCUCUGCUUAAUAAUGUGGAACACCCUCCUUUAGUAGUUUUUCCUUCAAUUGGGCUCACCUGGCAAUCUCAUUAUCACAGGUGUCCGAGAUUGUUUUCAGUGAUCAAAAGAGCCCUGAGACACACUGCCAUCCAUGAGUUAAACUGAAAAACAAAAUAUUUAAUCUUUGUGACACUUAAAUAGAAUUUGCAUAAUAAUUUGGAACAGGGUGUAUUUGAGAAGGUAGACCCAUAAAACAAUGUUCUAUUACUCUACUUCCUCUUUUGCCCCUCCUAUAGAAUCCCCAGUUCUGUUUCUGCGUCAAAGGAGGAAGGUGAAAUCUUGAGGGAAGUAAGACGACUUAUUUUUUUACAAGCAUGAAUUUGUGGAUGUGUUUAAUCUCGAGGAACAACCAUUCCUCUUGCGAAGUCCUUUAUGUCCCAGGGGUUGACUGAUGAGUGCAUAAUGGUGGCAGUGUAGUUUUUUAUUUUCAAAGUCAUCCAAUGAUGCCUUCACUUGAAGGUCCCUUGGGUUGGUGUCCCUUGCGGAUGGCUGGGCUUGAGCUUCAGAUGAUGAUGCAUAUCAGAUAAGUGCCAGUUAUGCUAUUUUUGUGACCUCCCAGGUUAUGCUUUCCUCUGUAGAUCACCUAAUGGCAGGGGUAGGCAACCUUUGGCACUCCAGAUGUUGAAGACUUCAUAUCCCUUGAUGUUUUGCCAGCAUUAUGGAUAAGACAGGGCUCGUCAAAUAUCAGGUGUCAGGUUGUCACAGCGACUAGAAAUUUUGCCAUGGCGCCUGGGAUUGGCCAGCUCUUUAGUUAGUGUGGCGGCUGUCAGGGGGAACUCAUUGUGGGCGGCGGGCGAGGGAGCAGUAUUCUGCCUGCAGCUUCUCUCUGCUCUCUCGUGCUGUCUAAUGAUGCAGGGAGCAUCAUUAUGACAUCAUUCUGACCCAACUUCAAUACAGAGGGAGCAGGGAGGAGCUACAGGCAGAGUACUGCUCCUUCGCACAGGAAGAGAGUAGCCCCACUGGACCCAAGGAAAGACCCACUCAGCUCUCCCAAAGGUAGGGAGGCUGAGUGGGUUUCAAUUAAAACAAAAAUGUAAGUAUGUGUGAGCCUGUCAAAGUAAGUGUGGGGGUGUGUGUGUGAAAACAGAAAAGGGGAAGAGUGUGCGCUAACUCAGUUAAGCAGCAACCCUAAAAGGGGAAUCCCUCAAGAAACCCUUUUAGAAACAAGAAAAUGCAAGAAAGGGAGUUAAGGGCUGCGCUUAGACAGAAAGAUAAAAAAUUUGUAAAAAAUGUAUUUAGAUAAAAUAAACAAUAAUAAAAUCAGGUAAAGUUCAUCCAGAUAUAUGAGUAUAAAUUGAAACAGUCUCACUGAUGUGCGGUAAUACGAUAAUAGUCCUCAAGUGUUGCUCCGUCCGUAUGGUAGGUAGUCCAUAUAUGUGAAGAUAAGAAACAAAAGAAAAAGCUGCCAAUGGUGAAAUAUUGUAUGUCCAGAUGUGGUAUAUAUUCAAAGGAAAGGUAUUUCACUCACAUUUGUGUAUGUGAGCCUGUUGUUGUGAGCUUGUCGGUGUUUGUGAGUGUGAGCGACCUUGCCAGUUUGUGAGGGAGCCUAUCAGAAUGUGUGUGUGAGUCUGUCAGAGUGUGCAUGCAAGCCUGUUGUCAGUGUAAGAGUGUGUGAGCCUGUCAAGAGUUUGUGUGUGAAAGCCUGUUGUGAGUGUGUAUGUGAUUCUGUUAGUGUGUGUGUGCGUGUUUAGGUACCUGCCCCCUCCGAUAGCAUGAGGAAGGUAUUUUUACUCACCUUUUUUCCCAUUUUCCCACGCCGUGCCAGUUUCGCCAUGGCUGAGAUUAUCAAUCUUUAUUAUCUCGGCUAAGCCAAUGCUUUCCCUUAGGAAAGCAUUGGGAGGAUUUUGUGCAUGCGCAGCAAAUGUACCAAUCUGCAUCUCCUCAUUCAGCGCCGCCAUGCAGAGCUUGGAGACACUGAACCGGGAUGCUGCACAUGGUGCAGCAGUGUCCCAGGACUCUCUAGUGGCCGUUUGAGUGGCUGUCACUAGAGGUGUUACUAAGCAGAAAUUUAAACUUUGCCUUUUCUCAGGAAAGGUAGUGUUUACACUGAAACUCCUGCAGGGACAGGGUAUAGACACUAGAACAACUACAUCAAGCUGUAGUGGCUCUGGUGACUAUAGUGUCCCUUUUAAGAAUUGAAUUUUCUCGUUGAAAAUGACUGGCUCCUAACUUUUAGCUGGCUCCUAGAUUCCAAACAAAUUUGUCAAGCCCUGCUUUAAGACCAUUAUAGGGAAUGGUGUGCGUAACAUCUGGAGUGCAGAAUGUUGCCUACUCCUGCCAUAGGGGUCUAAAUGAGUGACUUUGGAGGCCUUCUUGUUAUUUCUCUUUUUUUCACCAAGUCUGUGCUUUUGAGCAGUGUUACAGGGAUGCAACCUGUUUCAGGGGGCGCUCAGUUGAUUUGUAUUUCAAUAUAUAUAGAGAGUUCUUUUGUCUGACCUAAGCCUUCCCUCUAUCCAGGUCACAUGGCAGGACACUAUCCAGGUUUACAGUGUCCUUCAGUCACAAUUGACAGUUUCCUGAACUAUAAAGUUCAAAGGUUUUACAGAGACUAGAAAAGUUCUAGCAGAUCCUUAUUCACAAAUACUGUUUUAUAUCACUUGGAGGUCCAACAGGUUAUUUUGAUUGGUUUUUCUCUUCCCUUUACAAAGUUAUUUUUCCAGAUUAGAAAUACAGAAUAUUCAUUUUGCAAAAAUACAAAUCUUGCACUUUGUGUUUUUUGUUUGCUUUUUUUCACAAGCAUAAGUAUUGACAACUGCUAAUUAAAGUUCCAACUGUUAAUGUGGAGUUACUUGGUCUAUUUAACACUGCUUUCUGGUUUUAUUUUGCAAGGGAAAUGAUUGAGCACUGUCUAAACUGCUAUGGCAAGAAGUUUAAAGAGGAUGGUAAGAUCAAUUGUGUGUUAUUUUAUAGUAGUGUACUUUGCUUGUAUUAAAAUAAAGUGGAUUUCCUUCCUUAUAUCAACUUUUUCAACACUAUUCCCUUCCUAUGGAUCUUUGCAUUUUUCCCCUCUCCGACCUUUUAGGAGGUGGGGUUUUUUUUUUUGUCCUGGAGUUUCCAGUAAAUAGCACAACUUGGGGAUAUCUUGUCAUGCUUAUAAAUUUCAAGUUAUCAUUAUUCUCUUUUGACAAGUAUAUAUUUUGACAAUCAAAGUUUGAAUUGCAAAACAAAGUAGGUUUGGCUACUUACCACGUGAUAAAGAUAAAAUUCCAUAAUUAUUUAAUGUAAUAUGUUUGAGCAAUUAUUAUUAUGUAGGUCUCUGUGGGACUUUGGUUGUAUAAUUGUUGCUCAAUAUCGUCUUCUUGAAGGAACACGCCAAAUACCAUAACCAAGUGAGUCAAAAGCUUAUGCUUAGGAGCCUCUGUUUGCUCUCCUGAACUAUGCGCUGCACCAUCGGGCUUGGCUCUGAGCAUAGAACUUUGGGCUAGAGUACAGGCAGGGUGUGCCUUGCUGUAAUUGGUUUGGUGCUUGGAUUAUUUCUUUAUAAAAUCUAAUUUUGAAUUAAGAACUGCCUGCAAUUCAAUGAUUGCCAUAGUCUCUGUAUUCUAGAGAGUAUCCGUACAGACAUAAAUGUGAGCUUCAUUUUAAUUUGAUCUUUUUCCUGUUUUAGAUGUUAUCUAUUUUGCCCUCAAUGAGGACAAAAUAUGCAGAGCUACAGCCCAAAUGCUCCUCCAGAAUGCAGUAAAGUUUAACCUUGCUGAAUUUCAGGAAGUGUGGCAGCAGAGCGUCCCAGAAGGCAUGACGACUAGGACUGACCAAUUAAAGGCAGGUUACUUUUCUGUUUUCGUUUGUAUAAUUCACAACCUAAAACAAAUGUGAACUUAACAUUAAUAUCACAGUAUCAUUCUGCAAGAUGCUGCCUCAUUUUACUAUGUCGUACAAGAACAGACUAGAUCAAACACCAAUAUAGAGUGAUGUUUAAAUAAAUUCACUUAUCGUUAAUAAAUAUAAAGCAGUUUCCUCUCAGGAUAUUCCAGACUGUAUCCUGUGCAUAAGAUUUUGCCAAACAAGAGUAUAGAGGAUAUAGCUGACCUCCUACAGAUGGAGGACAAAAUAAUACAAUAGUGUAAUACAGUUAAAACAAAUAUUAAUGCACGCCAGAUUAGAAUGCACUCACAAGAUUCAAGAGUAUAGUAUCGCCUCAGGGUGCCUGCCCUUAUAUAGUUCGGGGGGGUAUAUCCAAGGGUUCUUCUCCUCUGAUGCUAUCACCACCAUGUAAUGGAAGGUAAGACCCAGGGAGUAGUUGGGAAAAAAUGCUUGGCUUUAUUAUACUAAUAACAAAUUUAAAUACUUGCUAUUGACUGCCAAUUAUUUGUAGCAAAUCUCCAAGCUCUGAUGCUUCACUCAGGUACAUCCAGUUCAAAAACGUCUCAGGAAAUGCUGGUUUUCCCAUAGGUUUUCAUGGAACAUUAGUGUGCCUCCCAAUAAAAUCAUGCAGAAAAAGCCUCACACAUGGCAUGGGAGCACCUUUUUAUGUUUUUAAUGAAUGAUGGAAAUACCCAUGGACAAGUGAACAGAAGUCUCCAGCAGCUUCUAUUUACUCCCUCUGAUGGUAUUAUCUUCUAUUUCUUGGAAUUAUUGAAAUACAUUUGCCUUACUCCAUACGUUCAAUGUUGUGUUUUCAGACACAAGAAGCAUGGAUGUCUGUCUAUAAAAUGGACUUUGAAGCUUAUGUGAGGGGGUCAAAGUCAGUUUAGAGUGUCUUCCUGAUACAAAUAUGAAUGCUUUAUUUUUUACUCUCUAUUUUGCUUGUUUACUGGUGCUGUAAUAUAUUGUGAGUAUUUACCCUGUGAGUUGUAUAACCUGGAAGGGUUGCAUAACUUUUAGUUUUUGUAACAGAAAUUAGAGAACAGUAGGUCUUCCAUAUCCUUUCCAAUUUCUUUAAAAAAAAUAAAUCUGAUUUUUCAGGGUUUGGCCUUGGUGGAUCGAACAUCUAGACCAGAGACUGUCUGUCUGUUGAAAACUGAGGACUUACCAGAAGACACCCAGGAGCGAUUUAACAGCUUAUUUACUAUGAGAGAGAAAUGGAUGGAAGCAGACAUCGCUCCAUAUAUAAAGUGAGUAAUUGAUAUAUUUGUGAAUCCGUUACCUAUUCAUUUAGAAUCUUCAGGAUUAACCCUGCAGAUCAGUUUUUCCCAAUACCUGAGCUCUCAAUUUCUGCAUAAAAUCUCCCCUACCCCACUCAACUGGCCUUAAACCAUAAACAUUGGUUGGAGUGUAGCAGGGGCUGCUUACUGAACAAACCUGAUUAAUCAAGGAAUUGUUCAUUUUAGGAUGCAUUUGGCCCUUCAAUUGUUCGUUUUUAAUUUUCUUUUCUUUUCUUUGUGUGACUCUUGUUAUAUUUGCCUUUAAUAAUAUGUAUGUUGCUACUUGGUUCAGGUUAUAUUUACUCCACCAUACCAAAGUUCUCAAUAAGUGAAUUUUGAUAGUCAAGUGGUCGUGAUGAAUAAGCAAAAGCUGAAAGGACAAGGUUGGUCAUCUCUACAGUGGACUUUAAUUUGCCCAUGAAUUCUUGAUAACAUAAGAACAUAAGUCCACUUAUUUGUCUACUUCUAUAAGGCAGACACUGUCCCUGUGAUGUCUGCAUGUGUUUGUUGCAUUGUAUCUAUUUAUGCCUUUCUUUUGAUGCACAGUACAUUUUUUUAUCAUCUGAUUUUCUGUUAUUUUCUAGGGACCUGUGCGGGGAAAAGCAAACCAUUGGAGCACUGUUGACUAAAUAUGCCCGGUGUUCUGUUCAGAAUGGUAUUAAACUAUAUAAUUCCAGACGGCCAAUUUCAUAA